GGGGGCGGUUACAAUACAUGUGCACAAUAAGAGUGUAAAGCCCCACCUCGGCACUGCAGAGAGUUGUGAGGCAGGCCACCUUGAGUGAAGCGGCGAAAAAAAUUCACCAGCCAAGCAGAACAGCAAGAGCCGACAUGAAAUUCCAAGCACUUUUGUUCCUGGUGCUGCUCUUCUGCACCACAGUGUGUCUGGCACAAGGUUCUUACGGUGACUGCUGCUUGGGACAUGUCGGUGGGAUGAAGACAAAGACAAAGGGAAAGGUUCAGAGCUACAGGAUUCAGGAAACAGAUGGCGAUUGCAACAUCAGAGCUGUUGUGUUUACCAUAAAGAAGAGGUCCGGACGUAAGGCGCAGAGGACCAUCUGUGCCAAUCCUGAGGAUAUUUGGGUCCAGGAGUUGAUGGAGGUUGUGAGAUUGAGAAUGAUGGUUCAGAAUUAGAAGCAAAAGGAGACUCAAGAAGCUUUGGAAGAUCUUCAUCAUGAAGCACACGGAGCACAUUAGGCGCAUGUAAAUUUGCCAGUUUCUGUCACUGACAAAGAAUGUAUUUCAUGCUUAUAACAUUUCAGACACCUAUAGCACAAUUUUAAAUGUUUUCUUUUUAUGUUAGUGAUGUUUGAAUGCCUGCAAGCAAUGAGCCACUAUCGGGCAGCUUUGGAUUGUGGGUGCACACUUGAAGCCAAAAUGAUUCAUAAACUGGACAUAUUUGGAGCGCAAGUGAAUUUCUAUCUGCUGAGUGAGCGUUUUGCUGGAAAUGACGAAAGAAAUUGGCAAAAGACUAACGGACAUUGUGGGAAGAAAUGCAAUUUUUAUUAUUUGUGGCCAAAAUGAUUUGUAGUUUUCUUCUCAAAUAUACUUAUGUACAUCCAGUGGUUUGAAUAUAAUUUUUUAAAAAUUAAAAUAAA